CAAGCCGACACAAACCGAAAAAUGUCCUCUGAAACGGUCGCCAGUCCCACCGAGGAACAGAGGGAGAUCCUGGAGUUCAACUUUAACAGAGUGAACAAACACCCUGACCCCGCCACGCUUUGCCUCAUUGCUGCCGAGGCGGGGCUAUCCGAGGAAGAAACCCUGAAAUGGUUCAAGAAGCGCCUGGCGGAGUGGAGGCGAUCGGAAGGACUCCCUUCAGAGAGCGGAUCUGUCAGAGACUGAU